AUGGAAAAUUGGCCAUUAAUAUCACUACUAUCUUCUUGUCUUGAACAAUGUGAACAAUAUGAAAUUCUUCCAUUAUCGUCUAAAAUCUAUUUGAAUUCAAUUAAUACCGAAAAUUUAGAUGAAAUCAAUAACAAUGAUAAACAUGUAUAUUGUACAUGUGAAGAAGAAAAAUAUUUAUGUUUAAAUUCAUAUGAAAUGAAAUCCGUAGUAAAUGAUUGCUAUAAAAUUAUAUUUUUUAAUCAAUUAAAAGAUAAUUUGAUAAUAAUGGAAAAAACGACACGUGUUCUAUUAUGUUAUCUUUCAGAAUGUUUAACAUGUUGGAAUAUACGUAAACGAUUAUUAUUAAUUAAUAAUAAUAAAGUAAAAUCUGAAUUACAAUUAACACAAUUUAUACUACAAAUGUAUCCAAAAUCUGAACAAAUAUUUCGUCAUCGUCGUUGGAUAUUUAAAAAAUUUUCUACAUUAUUAGUAUCAUUAUUUUGGACUACUAAUAUAAAAGAAGAUGAAUUAAUAUUAUGUGAUAAAACAGCUGAAAAACAUCGUUUAAAUUAUGCAUCAUGGCAACAUCGUCGAUGGUUUAUAAAUUAUUGUAAAGAAAAUAAUUUUAAUUUAUAUGAAAAUGAACUCAUAAGAAAUCAAACAUGGUUAGAAAUAAAUAUAUCUGAUUAUAGUGGUUAUUCAUAUAGAACAUAUCUAGUAGCUACAAUAAUGCAAUCAAAUGAUAAAAAAUACGUAAAAGAAUUAUUAUUUAAAGAAUGGAAAUUAAAUGAAACACAAUUAGAAUAUUAUAUUGAUAGAGAAUCAUUAUGGAUAUAUAGACGAGUAAUUCUUCUAUUAUUGAUUCAAUACAUCAAAUUAUUUGAAUAUGACAAAGAAUAUAUUUGUACAUUACUCAAAAAUGAAUUAAAACUACUAGAUCAAUACAUAGAAAAGUUUAAAACAAAUAUUUUUAUUAAAAAAUAUCAAAGUUUAUUAACUAUAUUACUCGAUGAUUCAAAUUUCCGUAUCAAUAAUAAGAUAUUUUCACUUUUGUAUACAGUUUGA